GGAGGGGGCUGUGGGGAGGAGGCUCCGGGCCCGAGAGGGAGGAGGGAGGGCACGCAGUCCCAGCCCAGAGUUUCAAAACAGCCCGGCGGCCUCCCCUCGCGCCCCAGCCCGUCCGUCUGUCCAGCCGCCAGCGCCCGCACAUCCCUUGCUGGACGUUCAGCGUGACUCCUGGCCUCACCGUGCCCUGGGAAGAUGUUGGUGCUCCUUGCUUUCAUCAUCCUCUUCCACAUCACCUCUGCAGCCUUGCUGUUCAUCGCCACUAUUGACAACGCCUGGUGGGUAGGAGAUGAAUUUUUUGUAGAUCUCUGGAGAAUAUGCCACAACAACACCAAUUGUACAGAAGUUAACGAAAGCCUUAGUGGUUACCCCACGCUGCAGGCCGUCCAGGCCACCAUGAUCCUGUCCACCAUUCUCUGCUGCGUGGCCUUCCUCAUCUUCCUGCUCCAGCUCUUCCGUCUCAAGCAGGGCGAGAGGUUUGUCCUGACCGCCAUCAUCCAGCUAAUGUCCUGUCUGUGUGUCAUGAUUGCGGCGUCCACUUAUACAGACAGGCGGCAGGAAAUUCACAGUAGUGACGGGGGAUAUCCCCAGAGCUCAAAGGGCCAAUAUGGCUACUCCUUCAUCCUGGCAUGGGUGGCCUUUGCCUGCACCUUCGUCAGCGGCAUGAUGUACCUGAUACUGAGGAAGCGCAAAUAGACCUCCGGGAGCCGGGGCAGAUUUGUGCAGUACAGAAUCUACAUUCAGAUAACCAUUUUGUAUAUAAUUGUAUUUUUUUGUGGUUUUUCUAGCAAACAUAUUGUUUCCUUUAAAAGCCAAAAAAAAAAAAAAAGAA